UCUGUUAGUAAGGAGCUCCUGUAAAGCAUGUGCACUUACUCUGAGCGCGGUGCCGUCAGAUGCUCCGGACCGCGAGGAUGAUGCCGCUGACGCUCGUCUGCGCGAUGCUGUGCGUCUCCGCGUGCGUCGCGUCGUGUCCGCCGCGCUGCGAGUGUUCUGAACGGACGGUGCGUUGCGCGUCUGCCGCGCUCCACCGCGUCCCCGCCGCGAUCCCGCGCGACGCGAGCAGCCUGAUCAUCACCGGCAACGCGAUUCACAGACUCGAUCCCAACGCCUUCAGCGGACUGCAGAACGCCACACUCCUGAACCUGAGCGACAACGGCAUUAUGGAGAUCGGCUCGCAUGCGUUCUCCUCUCUGCUCACGCUGCGUUCUCUAAUCCUGAACAACAACCAGCUGGUUCUGAUCCAUCCCGAGGCGUUCUCCGUGCCUGGCAGCCCUCUGCAGGAGCUCAGCCUGCGCUCGUCGCUCUAUAACUACACGUCUCUGACGGACCUCAUCACCGCCCUGCGCUGGGGAGAGCUCACCAACCUGCUGCGCCUCGAUCUAUCGGGAAACCGCCUCGUCCUCUUACCCCCAGGAAUGUUCGCUCCUCUUCCGAACCUGCAGCGUCUGCAUUUGCGCAACAACUCUCUGGUGGCCAUCUACAACGGCACGUUCUCUGGCGUCGAGCAACUUCUAGAGCUGGACUUGACCGGAAACGCCUUCAGAACUAUCAGCGACGAGGGUUUGCGCGAACUGGAGCGACUCGGUCGUGUGCGUUUUCUUUUGGGUCAGAAUCCGUAUACAUGCACUUGCGAAGCGCAAGAGUUCGCAAACUGGCUAAACAGUUCGGAAGUCAGAGUGGGUGAUGCAGACAGGCUGUAUUGCGACUUCCCUGCUUCUCUUCGCGGCGCAUCUUUGCGGGGUAUUAGCGCGCAGGCGUUGGGGUGUUACGGUAAUGUUCACGAAGAAAUUACCGAUUUGUCCCUACAAACAUCCUACGUUUUCCUUGGAUUAGUGCUGGGAUUAGUAGGCAUGGUCUUCCUCUUUGUUGUCUACCUCAAUCGAAAGGGUAUUAAGAAGUGGAUCAUAGAAAUAUAUGAAGCCUGUCGAGAUGUGCUGGAGGGGUAUCAUUACCGUUACGAAAUCGACUCCGAUCCACGACUGGGGCGCGUUUCGCACGGUCAGCAGGGUCGGCCUCGAAUGGACUCGCGAUCAGCGCACAUCUCUACUGAUGCCCGUAUCACACAGAUCCCAUCCGACGUGACUCUAUAAAGGUCUUUGCACACCGAGUCCGAAAUUCUCAUCCGAAAUUUUUGCACGUUAAAAAAUAAAUUCGUCCGUCAUAAAAAAAUUCGGAUCAGGUUCGAUUUUCUGCAUUUUUGCAUCUGUAGCAAGCAUUUUGAUAGGAAAGAGUGACGAAUAUGAAAAAAAUGAAAAAUCGCAUAUGAAAAUUUCGGACUCCGUGUGCUAUGACCUUAACUGCACGAUGAAUCAUUUCUGUAGAAUUGUUUGUAGAAUUUUUGUUGAAAUCAAAUUUUUGUUUUUAGCAAAGUGGUGCGCUUAACGUUUUCUAAAUAGACCAAAUCAAUGAAAACCAUUAGUGGGUGGCAGAUACAGUCAAACCAAAAAUUAUUCAGACAUCAGAUAUAAUUUUAGAAUUUUUUUUUUACUAGUGGGUGCAGGACACUUAAGUUAAUUUAUGUAAGUGAGGAUAGCAAAAUAAAGUGAUUUGUGACGCAUUAUACCCAAAAAUUCUUCAUACAGUGGACUACCAGUAAAAUUGAUAAAAAUAAUUUGGAAGCAAAAACCUUAAAUGUUUUUCUUUAAUUGCUAAUGCGAACUUUUUACACCACAGACUGAACAAAAUGAAGCAUUGCUUGGUAAUUGGUUGACCUAAAUUGGUAUUAUCUAAUUGUGUACUUAAAAUUAACAGCUGAAUAAUUUUUGGUUGAUUGUAAUCCAUACCUUUAUAUCAAAGUUAUCUGACAUUAUCAAGAUGAGUUUGUUCUGACACAGUUUAUUUUAUUACCAUUGUCUAAACUGUAGCGAAUAAACUGUGAUAAUGUGAGAAAUGUUGACGGUGUCUUGGUUUGACUGUAUCAUUAAUUAGAAACAUGUUAGACUGAUAAUCGAUGCAAUGCCAAUAAAUGUAUGAUAUAUGCUUUUCAGUGUUGGGAAGGUUACUUUGGAAUAGGUUACAGAUUACAAGCUACCCUAUUUAAAAUGUAAUAGUAGUGUAACUAUUUCAAUUACUUUAUUAAAGUAAUGAUUACAUUUGAUUGCUUUUCUAAAUUUCUAACGAAUGUUUUUAACUGUUAAUCAUUUUGAAGCAUUUAAAGCAGGCAGGGUUAACCUUACAGUAGUGCUCAACACUGAUUACUGUCAAAAUCCUUCAUCACUUGACUUGAUUAUAAUAAUUUAAUAUUAAAGCACAGCCACCACAAAAUCAGACUUUAGCACUACUUUUUACUUUCAGAUCAUUCUGAGGUUAAAUACAGAUUUACAAUUAUAACAAGAAACCGUUUAGUAGCUAUGAUACUGUUUUUGAAACCAAACUUUGCAUAGCUAUGACAGAAAACACUGAUAUCUAACAAUGCCUUGGAAAAAAGGGUUAAUCUUAAAAAAUAAAGCAUAUACAUCAACCCGAAUAGGAAAUAUAGCAGUUAUCGAAAAAGCGUGUUUUAUUCUGUGUCCUAAACUCCUGAAACAUUGGCGUCGCAUAUUUUUGAGCACUCACUGCAAUUUAUGAAAGAUAUCAAUCAUAUCUGUACGUGUGUGAAAAUAUUCAGAUGUUAACAUUUCUGGAAUUUAACUACACAUUUUUUCUCAGUAACUGUAACAGAUUACAUUUAUUUUGUAACCAAAUUCCGUUACAUGUAACUCGUUACUCCCCAACACUGAUACAUAAACAAUUUAAUUGAAAAAAAUCCACCAAUGCAAGACGAGUCAACACAAAAACACAAGGACUGUAAAAGCAUAUAAAGGUUGAACUUGUGAUUGUGUAGGAUUACAGUAUAAAAAGACACGCACUCUUAAAAAUAGAGAUCCUUAAGAUUAUUCAAAUGUUUUUUACACUAAUAAAAACUGUGUAUUUUAAGCACUGAUCAAUGAAAGGUUCUCCGAAGAGCCAAAAAUGGUUCUUCUAUGGCGUUGUUGUGAAAAACCCCUUUAUUUUCAAGAGUGUGGACUAAAACCCUACAUCUAUGUGCUUGAAUUAAUUUUUUUACACAAGAUUUAGCGCAAAAAACUGUUGAUUAUCAGCUGGUUUUCAUGAGCUCAAAAUAUCAGUCUGUUGCUGUCUCGACUUAAAGCCGCACUGAAUGACUUCUCAUGUGUAUCUAACCCUAUUUGACUGAAUUAUGGCCUCCAUUAUAUUUCAUAACCUAUUCACUAGAUUGAAACGCUCCUCUCCAUCACAUUAUUUGGUGCGGCCCACAGCGUUCGCUGCUACAGAUUGUGUCCUCGAUAUUUCGCCACGGUUGAGGAAAGGAGGGAAAUGAAGGGGUGUAUUGGGGGAAAAUGGGGCACAAUGAAGGAUUUGGAGUUUAAUGUUCCCUGCGAGCACAUAGCAGAUCUCUCUGUGUGCAUGUGUGCUUUCUAGAGCUUGGAACUAAUGACUGCAAUUGAUCAAGACCAGACAGCCUAUAUUAAUCUGUGUCUCCGCUUUUGGCAAAGCAGUAUAUUACAGCAUGUUUGAAAAACCACCUCUGGUGUGUGUGUGUGUGUGUGUG